UGCCACCUCCAAUCUAUUAGAAGCAAACAAACAAAUCGAAACCAUCUAGCGAUGGAAGCGGAAACAGAAACGGAACCACUGGAGGUGCACUUACUGAAACAAGAAGUCUGCGAAUUUGUAGAACCAGAGAGUGAGCCACCGAUAAGGGAUAACAAGGAUAUCCAGUUUGAAUGCCAAGUGAAGAACGAACCACUUGAGGAAUAUGAAUACGAGGAAGAGGAGGAAUGCAACACUUUAGACUACGAUGUCGAUCACAGCGACUUUAAGGUGAAAAUUGAAGUGGAGGAGAAUGAUUUGCAGGCUGAUGAUGGAAACGAUCAAGUCUUGCAUAAAUGUCCCAAUUGCGCGGAGUCCUUUACAGUAAAACUAGAUCUCCAAAUACACUAUAGAAGCCACCUAAAGGAUCGGAUGUAUAAGUGUUCCCAGUGCCCAAAGGCUUUCACAGUGGAUUACUAUCUUCAAAAGCACCUGAAAACACACUUGGAAUCACGACCAUUUAAGUGCACCCAGUGUCCAAAGACCUUUGUGUUCAACUCACAUCUGCGGACACACAUGCGUUUGCACACUGGAGAGAGACCCUUCAAGUGUACCCACUGCCCGAAGUCUUUCAUCCAGAGCUCCCAACAAAAGGCUCACAUCCGAUCCCACACAAACGAUAGACCUUUCAAGUGUUCCCAGUGCCCGAAGGCCUUCAAGAUUGCAAUGCCAAAAAUUGUGGUGCGAGAAUGUGAAACAAUUAAAAAUAAAAUAUCUGUUAGACAACAAGGUAAAACAUCAACAGAACGUUCACGUGAAUUUAGAGAGCGGAAAAAGGCUUUAAAAAAUGCAGCUAGCCAAGGGUCCAUCAUUACAAAAACUAAACCAAAAACUGCAGCAGAGCGUAGUCGUGACUACAGAGCGCGAAAAAGACAAAAAUAUGAAAAAACUCAAGAGUCAAAUUAUCAACAAUAGAUGCUAUUUUUACGACACGUUUAGAUAAUGUUAAAACACGAACUUAGUCACAACAAUACCUAAAGAAACCGCGUCGAAUAGUGUAAAUAUUGAAGAAAUACAUUU